GGAAAAAUGAAAGGAUGCAGAAACAGGAUACUGUGAGCCCUUCUUUCUCUCUCUUGGCCUUUUGAGAGAGAUGAGGAGAUCAACAAAGAAAACAAUUUAACAAGCAUCUUGUUCAAAGGGUUCUUACUUAUAGGAGUUAAAAGCUUCGUUUAAAGCAAGUCCAGAACUUUUAAAACGACACCAACGAGGAAAAAAGGGAAGUAGCAGGUUGUAGAAAACAAGCUCUACAUUCGAUCUUUUAUUGGUUUUCAGUACCAAAUAAAAAAAGAAAAACGAUUGGAAGAAUACAGACAAGUCAGAAGAAAGAUAUGUGGACACCGAGAAGUUAUGGCGAAAGAAGAGAAGGAUCAAACGGGUUGGUGGCAGUGGCCAUAGACAAGGACAAAAACAGCCAAAAUGCCCUCAAAUGGGCAAUUGAUCAUCUCUUGCAAAAAGGCCACACUGUCGUUCUCAUCCAUGUGAAAGUCAAGCCGUUCUCUCUCUCCACCUCGCCUCUCCCUACACCUCGUACGGUUACAAAAACUUCUUUUUCUGGUACAGGGUUGAACCAAAUUUCUGAUAUCAAUGGUGACUUACCAUUGGUAUGUAAAGAUCCUGAUCCUCAGACCAGGGAACUUUUCCUUCCUUUCCGUUGCUUUUGUACUCGUAAAGAUAUACAUUGCAAAGAUGUUGUUCUAGAAGAGACAGACGUAGCAAAAGCUUUGAUUGAAUAUGUCACUCAGGCUGCAAUUGAGGUUUUGGUCGUUGGUGCCUCGACAAAAACUGGCUUUCUUAGAUUCAAAGCAGCCGAUAUUCCUGGAAUGGUAUCAAAAGGUGCACCAGACUUUUGUAGUGUGUAUGUCAUAUCCAAAGGCAAAAUUUCAUCCAUGAGAUCAUCCUCCCGUCCAGCGCCAGCUAUCUCCCCAUUGCGUAAUCACCUUCUUAACCAAUCCAGCUUAAAACCAACUCCUCCCGAGUCGCAUAUCCUGCCUGCUAAUAGUUUGAGAGUUGAAAAGCCGCGACUUGAGCCACCGCGUAAAUCCAGUGAUUCCAUGGAAUCCUUCAGGUCACCUUUCACCAGGAGAGGCCUAAACGGGAAAUCAUAUCCGAACCUUCAUAUUCCUGAUACAGACAUAUCCUUUGUCACCUCUGGCAGGCCAAGCAUUGACCGUAUGUUUCCCCCAUUUUACGAUAACCAAGAAACAAUCCGCACUGCUCCAAGGCUUUCGAACGUUUCAGACAUUGAAAGUAAUAUUAGCUUCGAGUCAAUGCAGUUUGGACGGAAAUCGGUGGAUAUUAGCUCUCCACCUAAUAUUUCAUCAGCUUCGCAGGACAGUGACAAAUUAUCAAACUCAUCGGCAUCAAUGGAUGAUGUGGAAGCUGAAAUGAGGAGGCUAAAGCUGGAGCUCAAGCAAACUAUGGAAAUGUACAGUUCAGCCUGCAAAGAAGCACUCACAGCAAAACAAAAGGCAAGAGAACUCCAGCUGUGGAAAUUGGAAGAGGAGCGGAGAUUGGACGAGGCCCGACUGGCAGAGGAAGCUGCAUUAGCAAUAGCAGAAAAGGAGAAAGCUAAGUCAAAAGCAGCAAUUGAGGCAGCUGAAGCAGCUCAGAGAAUUGCAGAACUUGAAGCACAGAAAAGAGUUAACGCAGAAAUGAAAGCGCUCAAGGAAUCAGAGGAGAAGAGAAAGGCACUUGAUGCACUAGCACAUUCAGAUUCCAGGUACAGGAAGUACACGAUUGAGGAGAUUGAAGCUGCGACUGAAUUCUUCUCAGAGGUUCUCAAGAUUGGAGAAGGGGGCUAUGGGCCCGUGUAUAAAGGUCGUCUAGACCAUACACCCGUUGCAAUUAAGGUUUUGCGUCCGGAUGCAGCUCAAGGAAGGUCGCAGUUUCAACAAGAGGUAGAGGUGCUAAGCUGCAUACGGCAUCCAAACAUGGUUCUCCUCCUGGGAGCCUGCCCAGAGUAUGGAUGCCUAGUGUACGAGUUCAUGUCUAAUGGGAGCUUAGAGGACCGUCUCUUCAGGAGAGGAAACACUCCACCUCUCUCUUGGCAGCUUAGGUUCAGAAUUGCAGCCGAAAUUGGAACGGGCUUGUUGUUCCUCCACCAGACUAAACCCGAACCCAUAGUCCACCGUGACUUGAAACCUGCCAAUAUCUUACUUGACCGCAACUUUGUGAGCAAGAUUAGUGAUGUUGGGUUGGCCAGACUAGUUCCUCCAUCCGUGACUGACAAUGUAACGCAGUAUCGAAUGACCUCCACGGCAGGAACUUUCUGCUAUAUAGACCCAGAGUACCAGCAGACAGGCAUGCUGGGAAUAAAGUCGGACAUAUACUCCCUUGGGAUCAUGCUUCUACAAAUAAUAACAGCAAAACCACCAAUGGGAUUGACUCACCAUGUGGAACGGGCUAUUGAGAAGGGGAACUUUGAGCAAAUGCUUGACCCAGUUAUUCCUGAUUGGCCGGUUGAAGAGGCCAUGGGCUUCGCAAACAUUGCACUCAAGUGUGCAGAGCUAAGGCGGAAAGACAGACCGGAUCUCGGCAAAGUUGUGUUGCCAGAACUUAACAGAUUGAGAGCACUUGCUGAAGAUACCAUGCAUCCUACUUUGCAAACUGGGAGUCCAGGACACUCACCUAACUAUAGCCAAGUUUCGCUACAACUAGAGCAUACCAGUUGUCCUAACUUUGCGCAGUCCGAUGAUGGCUCAAGAAGUCCUUCCAACGAGAAUUGAUAGGUAUUUGCUCGAGGAAAGAUUGACCUAACAAGUUUAGUUUUUGUAGGUAAUUUUAAGUCAAAAUAUGAAUACUGUCUUGGAGUUUUAUUUUUACCUUGUCCUUUUAUCACCUCAAACAUGUACAGUCACAGAGAGCCAAUGAUGAGCUCACACACGACAUUAAAAAUGGUAAUGAAGAGAUCAUAAUUCAUAACUAGUAGGGCUAUAUAUGAAGAAAAAUUGUGGAAUAAUUUGCUUUGAUUGACACUGGAACUAAUUUUCACGAGAGAAGUGGAAUGUGGAUCAUUGUAUUCUUUUUGGACUUGCCUUUUUUGUAAAUAUACUUUGUGCUCGUGGAGUAAGAAAAUCCUUUAUUAAUCAUUACGUAGUCAUGGUAAUUUUGUAGACCCUAAUCUGACCGUUACAGUUGAACUACGUU